GUGUACUCUAAAGCACCCACUCAAUGCUAUUGCUCAAUAUAUCAUGAUCUCCUUUCCCUUUGUUUUGGUUAUUGCAUAAACCCUGCUUAGCUCAAUUGUCCAUAGCUACAACAAGUAGCACUUGGAUCUCACUUUGCCAAUAUGGAAGAAAGCAAAUUGUCCCACAACAUACCUACAGGGAGUUCGAGAAAACUCGUCACUUCCCAAAGCCCUCCUUCACUUUCCCUUGAACCAAAUGAGAAGCUCAAGAAUAACAGUCAAGAAUGCAAGUCUCCAAAUACUAAUGACAAGGCCAAGGACCCAGAAAAAGGGCAUAGUGAGAAUAUUGGUAAGGUUGAUGAUGAUGUAGAGGAAACGGGGCGUGAGAGGCUGAAGAGGCUCCGGGAAGAGGUGACCAUGGAGAAGGUCAACAUUCCAGAAAAUUGGGGUCAGGAGCCAAAGUUGAAGGACUGGAUGGACUAUACUAUGUUUGAUGCAUUCUUUCCUCAUAGCUUGAUUGUGACUGCUCGUGAUGCUCUUAUUGCUAAUACACGUAAAGCAAAGUCACCAAGACUAUAUUAAGGAUCUAGAGUAGUUGCUAAUAUAUAUUUCUUUUGACUCUAUAUAUAUAUAUAGCUGGUAGCAGUGUUGCUGUAUGUUCUUAAUAUUCCCAGGUUGUGGCAGGAAUAAUGUUCUUAUUAAUAUUCCCAUGCUUGGAUCUGAUUCGGAUCUUCUUUCUUGAUCUGGUUAGUCAAACAAUUUAUAUGUACACUUGCUAAUCAUAAUUGUAUAAUGAGUUUUUUAUGCACCGAUUGUAAUCUUUACCGACAAAUUAUUGUAAACCUUUUUUCGAAG